GUUGGUCUGCACCACCGCCACAAAAGACCAUAGGAAGGAAACGAAGAAGAGUUUGGAGGCGGUUCCUCUGUUGUGGAGGAGCUUCAGAAACCAGCAGCAGAACCUCCAGCUAGCUGCUGGGUUAUUCCUGGAGCGUCUGUCCUCGUUUGAGCCAUGAAUAUCGGGGGCUUUAGCACAGCACGGAGGGAGAUGGCGGCCGUUCCUGAUAAAGUCGACAUGUCCUUAGAUGACAUCAUCCGCUUAAACAAAAGGGAGAGACAGCUGAAGAGAAGACAGGCGACUGUGAAUGGCAGACCGGUGAAGAAGAAAGGCCGUCUGAGCCAAGCCAGGAGCGGAGCGGCAGCACCGAGAGGAGGUGGCGUGCCCCGAGGAGGUUCGGCCAUGUUAAGAAACAGGAGGGUUCCUCCUCUGGGGGUUCGGCGCCGGGGUCAGGGGGUCAUCACCGGGCUGGCGGCCAGGAGGCCGGCUGUUCUGCUGAAACGAGCCGGAGCGCUGAACAGAUCUGCGGCCAGUCAGAAGAUGCGGCCGAGGACGAGGCCCAUCAUGCAGCGCACAGAGGCUCAGUACAGGAGGGCAGAGGUUCAGAGGCGGCUGUACCGGAAGCCCGAUCCACAGAGAGACUACAGCACAACGGCCAGAAGACCCUUUCAGCUCCGACGGCGACCCAUUCCGCCGGUCCAGCAGACGCAGAGGGAGGCUCGCCAGGCCACGUUCCUCUUUCACAGAGGCCUCAAGGUGCAAGCCCAGGUGCAGAAGCCAAAUCCCCGGACUCCUCCCGUCAGAACACGCCAGUGGCGCACAUCCACAGCCGGCAGCGGAAUCUUGACGGUUUCGAUCGACAACCCGACAGCCAGGACUCAACCGGAGCCCCCUACGGCGUGGACCCUUCACCCCCCGCCUGUCAGCCCGGCUCCUGUUAAGGUGGAGACGGUGGAGAAGAAGGAACCUAAAGGAGUUCCUCUGCAGUUUGACAUCAACAGCGUUGGGAAGCCGCAAACGUCGAUGACUCUGAACGAGCGAUUCCGAAUCCUCAAAGAUCGGCGCGUCGCCACGGCGCAGAGCAGCAGAGGCAGCAGGUUCGUUACCGUGGGCUAGCCGAGGCCGCCGAGGCUCAGGAGACGAGGCCCAGGAGCUCCUCCGUCCUGCUCCCGCCCACUCACCCGCCCGCCCACAGGACGGGACCGUGCCGAGCCGCUGUGACGUCACCGAGGAGAGGGAGGUCCCACCCGGGACAAACGAGCAGGAUUCACGUCGGUGUUGAUGGAAGACGCGCCCAUUUCUUGUUCAUGUCGGUGUAUUCAGCUUUUUGUGUUGUGAAUACUCAGUGCAGGGGAGUAUUUGACUCUUUUUUUUUUUUUUUUUUUUUUUUCUCUCCCCAUUCUGACUCGAAACUGUUAACACUAUGAAGACUUUGUUUUCAGAGAAGAUUUAUUUAAUAGGAUAGUGUGUGAAAAGCACGUUUUCUGACAUGAGUUUUGUAAUUUCUUCAAAUAAAAGGCUUUGUCUAAAUACUGA